AUGCAGAUUGUAUAUCUUUUCAGCUCCGUACUUCUCACGGCGGCCCUAGCACAUGAAAAUGGAAAGGUGGCUUAUCCAUUCCGGCUAUUCAAUGGCACGUCAUCUGUGGAGGAGAUCUCUCAGCAAGACCAAAUGGAUGCUCCAAAGAUAAUGCCUCAUGUGAAUGCUACAACGUUUGAGUGGUGGUAUUUCGACGCCGUUUCAACUACCUCUCAGAACGAGUCACUAACUGUCAUGUUCGAAAACAUGGGUCCAGAAGGCCUCGGCGCCCCGUACCCAGGUGGCCCACUGGCCGUUCAGAUCUCAGGGUCGUUCAGCAACGGCACGGCGUUUACAAUAAUUACCGCGGCAACCAAGGGUGCAGUCCUUGAGUGGGGCGGCGGAGGUGUCAGAGGAGAGUGGAGAGGAGCCGGUAGCUCGUUUGCUGGAAAAGACCACCGCGAAUAUACCGUCUCCAUCGCUAAUCCGGGCAUAGGAGUCUAUGGUACAAUGACACUGCGAUCGUAUUGGAGCCAGUUUAACCCAAAGUGUCUGAAGGUCUCUCCCCCUCGCUAUCCCUGCGACGUCAAAGAACGUCGUGCAUCUGAGCAGCUCAUCCCAAACAUGUACUUGGCCAACAGUCAGCCCGAUGCCAUCGUCGAGGUUGACUUUAAUAUCAACGAAAGCACAUUGAAGUUCAGCGGGAUUGGGUACCACGAUCUAUCAUGGGGUUCCGCGCCGCUUGAAUCAUCGGUGCACUCCUGGUAUUGGGGCCAUGGCCGUCUGGGCCGUUAUUCUUUGGUCUGGUUCGACGUUAUGGGCCGUGACGGCAAGGAGUAUUUCUCGGCCUGGAUUACAGAGGCCGGGAAUGUCAUCUUAUGUGGCUGCGAACCCGAUUCGGUUCUCGUCAGACCGUGGGGAGAGAAUAGCGGGUUUCCUCCAGGACGGGGGACGCCUGCACCGUCAGGCUACAGUUUACGUUACGACCUGGGCCAGAACCAGAUCUUCAUUGCUAACUUUACUCGGGAAGUGAACAUAAUUGACAAUGAUUUUACGAAGCACAUAAUUGGGUUGUUCUCUGGCGGCUUUGAGGGUGGUGAGCAAUAUGAGGGCCGGGCUAUGGCUGAUCAGUUCCAGUUUGGUGAUUUGUGA